AUGGGGCGGCUGCAUACCUUCGUGGUCACUCUCCGUCGCGAUAGCCGCGACACCAACUGGGGCCUACGUUUAGUUGGCGGUGCGGACCUCGCUACCCCGCUCAUCGUCACUAGGGUGACACCUGGCACGCCGGCCGGCCGCGAGCUCCUCCGAGGCGAUAUCAUCGCUAAGAUCGACGACUACGAUGCGCGCGACCUACGCCACGAAGACGCACAGAAUCUUUUUAAGAAUGCCCCCAACCAAAUCAGAGUAGUUAUCCAAAGGGACGCGGACCGCGAGCACCCUGCGGGCACGCCGCAAGCGCCGAGAUCACCCAUCCCCAAUUACGUUCCACCACCAUACAGGACACCCAGUCCGAUGCCUGCGUCGGGAUGGCGCGGCCCCGAAUCUCUGCCGCGAAGCACGCCCGUGCCGCAUUAUUCGCCGUUCCCCGUACUAACCGAGGGUGAAUACAGGACGAUGCUGCUGUCGCCGACGUCGACACGAACCGAUGACACUGUCGACGAGUCGAUACAAAGCCAGCCCUACCGCACGACGCCCCUGGUGCUGCCUGGGGCGAAGGUGCGCCGCGAGCCCGGCCCCACCGAGAGCUACCUGCGCCACCACCCCAACCCAUCCAUGAGGGCGCCGCCCCACCACGACUACCGCGAUACCCUAAUGAAGCAGAAGGUGGCCGAGUCGAUGCUGCAGCGAGUGGUCGGAGAUGAGGGAAACAAGGUGGUGCACAAGCAGUUCAACUCUCCAAUCAAUCUAUAUUCGGACCAAAACAUCGCCAACUCGAUUAGGCAACAAUCUUCGCCGUUACCCCACAAGCCCACGGUGUCGUACGACCCGGCCAAGUCGGAGACGUACCGCGCGCUGCAGGAGGACGGGCUCGACGCGCCCGCCCUGCAAGAGGUGCCCACGCCGGUCACGCCCAAGGUCUUCACCGCGCCGCCCAACAAGAGGCCAGCGCCAACUCCGAAACCUGUAAAGCAACACGAUGCGAAACCGAAAGCAAAACAAACGACCUAUGUAAACUCACUACACGAAGAGCACAUCCAGCAAUCCAACUCGUUCAAGCGCCUCAUGUACCACGUCCUCGGCGACGCGGAGUUCUAGCACACACCAUCAAGUCCCAACAUAAUGGCAAAUCACCGAUACCGUCCAACUAUCAAAUCGAAGAAACCCUAAUAUCAUAACAACGUCACCAAGAUGUGUAUUUGCUAUAUUACGCCUGUUAUUGACUGAUUUUACCCACGGCUUUAAGGCGGUUAGACGGUGGCGCCGAACUAAAUAAAAAAAAAACUAUCGAAUAUUCGACUUAGAAACGAAAAUAAGACUAACAAAAUUAAUUUUAGGAAGCUACACUUAUUGUAUCCCGGCAGUGUGUUUAUAUUUUUCGGUGG